AACGAAAAGUUGAACCAACAUACAUAAAUACUUACAUUCUGAUCUGUCUGUCAUCAGCUUUUUUCAGAGAUACAGAGUGUUAUUAGGAUAGCUUUGUGUAGUUUUAAUAUUUUAAUUGGGUAGUUAUUUAAGUAGUUUUUCUUUCUUUUUUCUUUUUUGUGGCGUUCUCUACCCUGCAGAGUGGAUAAUUCUUAUGUAUUGUUGCGUGGGUUCCUGUACAUAGAGUUUGAAACCUUCGGCUAGUUUGCCUAGAGGAACAAUUCUGGGUUGGGUGGACUUAUCUUUGCUAUUUUUACCCAUACCAUGUUCGAGUAAAUCCUGAAGAAAUAUUUCUGGGUUUUGGUGGGUUUGAGGUGCUUUAGCAGCAGUAAUCUUGAUUCAAGGCUCUAAAAAUGGAUACCAGUGACAUUUACAGGGCCUCUGGUAGUUUACGAUUACGGAAUUCGUCGGUAUGGAGGAAUAAUGCUGCGGACGUUUUCUCGAUGUCUUCGCGAGAAGAAGAUGAUGAAGAAGCUCUCAAAUGGGCUGCCCUCGAGAAGCUUCCUACUUUUGAUCGACUAAGAAAAGGUAUACUAACCACUUCAAGAGGUGAGGCCAUUGAAGUCGAUUUACAGAAUAUCGGAUUAGAAGAAAGGAAGAAACUGCUUGAGAGGUUGGUGAAAUUAGCCGAAGAGGAUAAUGAGAAGUUCUUGUUCAAGGUCAGGAAUCGGAUAGAUAGAGUUGGGAUUGAUCUUCCAACAAUCGAAGUCCGGUUUGAGCACGUGAAUGUUGAGGCAGAGGCUCUUGUAGGAAGCAGAGCUUUGCCUACGUUCUUUAACUUCUCUGUCAAUAUACUGGAGGGGUUCUUGAGUUUCUUCCAUAUUUUUUCAAGUCAAAAGAAACAUUUGUCUAUCCUCAAAGAUGUUACUGGAGUCAUAAAGCCUAGGAGAAUGACUUUGCUUUUGGGUCCUCCAAGUUCUGGGAAGACAACACUCUUACUAGCUCUGGCUGGAAAGCUUGACCCAACUCUAAAGUUUUCUGGGAGGGUGACUUAUAACGGCCACGACAUGAGAGAGUUUGUACCUCCGAGAACUGCGGCUUAUAUCAGUCAAUAUGAUCUCCAUAUAGGAGAAAUGACUGUAAGGGAAACCUUGGCCUUCUCAGCAAGGUGCCAAGGGGUCGGGUCACGCUAUGAUAUGCUAGCAGAGUUGUCUAGAAGAGAAAAAGAGGCAAAUAUCAAACCAGAUCCAGAUGUCGAUAUCUACAUGAAGGCUGCAACAACUGAAGGCCAGGAGGCUGAUGUGGCGACAGAUUAUAUAUUGAAGGUUUUGGGUUUAGAAGUGUGUGCUGAUACCAUGGUAGGAGAUGAAAUGUUGAGGGGUAUCUCGGGUGGUCAAAGGAAGCGUGUUACGACAGGGGAAAUGCUGGUCGGACCAGCAAAGGCAUUGUUUAUGGACGAAAUAUCUACCGGAUUGGACAGCUCGACAACUUUCCAAAUUGUUAAUUCGCUCAGGCAGUAUGUUCACAUUCUGGAUGGGACAGCAGUCAUCUCUCUACUGCAGCCAGCACCGGAGACUUACGAUCUUUUUGAUGACAUUAUUCUCCUCUCUGAUGGCUAUAUUGUGUACCAGGGACCCCGUGAAAACGUUCUCGAGUUUUUUGAAUCCAUGGGAUUUAAAUGUCCUGACAGGAAAGGUGUGGCUGACUUUCUGCAAGAGGUGACAUCAAGGAAGGAUCAGGAGCAGUAUUGGGCACGCAGAGAUGCGCCUUACAGUUUUGUCACAGUAAGGGAAUUUGCUGAGGCAUUCCAAUCAUUCCAUGUGGGAAGAAGAAUAGGAGAUGAACUUUCAACUCCAUAUGACAAGACAAAAAGUCACCCAGCUGCCUUGACAACCAAAACGUAUGGUGUUAGUAAGAAGGAACUGUUAAAAGCUUCCUUCGCAAGAGAAUACUUACUGAUGAAGAGGAAUUCGUUUGUUUACGUCUUCAAGCUAUCACAACUUUUCCUUAUGGCACUGAUUGCAAUGACAAUUUUCCUACGGACGAAGAUGCCUCGUCGUGAUUCAACCGAUGGAACAAUCUAUUUGGGUGCUUUGUUUUACACAGUGGUUAUGAUUAUGUUUAAUGGAAUGUCAGAGUUGUCCAUGACCAUUAUAAAGCUUCCUGUUUUUUACAAGCAAAGGGACCUCCUCUUCUAUCCUUCAUGGGUAUAUGCUCUUCCAACAUGGAUCCUUAAAAUCCCAAUAACCUUUUUGGAAGUUGCUGUCUGGGUCUUCAUGACCUACUAUGUCAUUGGAUUUGAUCCAAAUGUCGGGAGGUUGUUUAGGCAAUACUUUUUGCUAGUACUCGUGAACCAGAUGGCCUCUGCACUCUUCCGAUUUAUUGCAGCAAUGGGUAGGAACAUGAUUAUUGCUAAUACUUUUGGGUCAUUUGCACUGCUCUUGCUCUUUGCCUUGGGUGGCUUUAUCCUCUCCAGAGAGGAUGUAAAGAAAUGGUGGAUAUGGGGUUACUGGAUAUCGCCUUUGAUGUACGGCCAAAAUGCAAUAUUAGUUAACGAGUUCCUGGGAAACAAUUGGAAAAAGGUUCUCCUAAACACAAACACAAACACAAGCGAACCACUGGGAGUUACAGUGAUGAAGUCGCGCGGGUUCUUCCCUCAAGCAUAUUGGUAUUGGAUAGGCGUGGGAGCAUCGUUUGGAUUCAUCAUACUAUUCAACAUCGGUUUCACCUUCUCCCUCGCCUAUCUUAACCCAUUCGGGAAGUCACAGGCUGUAAAAUCAGACGAACCUGAAAGCGAUGAACAGGGGAGUAGUACAGGAGAAGGCGUAGAGUUAACACGCAGAGAAAGCAGCUCAAGUCAUCAUCGUAGAACUACAGGGAGUGGACGUGACAGUAGGAGGGGAAGUAACUCCACCAGGUCAUCCUUUGCAAUUGAGGCUAGUCGUAACGGAAAAAGAGGAAUGGUCCUUCCAUUUGAACAGCAUUCAAUCACCUUUGAUGACAUUAUAUAUUCUGUAGACAUGCCACAGGAAAUGAUGGAGCAGGGUGUCAUUGAGGAUAAAUUGGUGCUUCUGAAGGGUGUGAGUGGGGCUUUCAGGCCAGGUGUUCUCACAGCUCUGAUGGGUGUAAGCGGUGCUGGUAAAACAACUCUAAUGGAUGUACUGGCUGGUAGGAAAACUGGUGGAUAUAUUGAGGGGAGCAUCACAAUUUCGGGGUACCCAAAGAAGCAAGAAACGUUUGCUCGAAUUUCUGGGUACUGUGAGCAAAAUGACAUUCAUUCUCCUCAUGUUACUGUGUACGAGUCCUUGGUCUAUUCAGCAUGGCUCCGCUUGUCCUCUGAUGUUGAUUCGGAAACAAGAAAGAUGUUUAUUGAGGAAGUCAUGGAGCUUGUGGAGCUGAACCCAUUGAGGAAUGCACUAGUUGGGUUGCCCGGUGUGAAUGGUCUUUCUACCGAGCAGCGCAAGAGGCUCACUAUUGCAGUCGAGCUUGUGGCUAACCCCUCCAUAAUAUUUAUGGAUGAGCCAACUUCAGGUCUAGAUGCAAGAGCUGCUGCAAUUGUCAUGAGAACGGUUAGGAACACGGUAGACACAGGAAGAACUGUUGUGUGCACAAUCCAUCAGCCAAGCAUUGACAUAUUUGAAGCUUUUGAUGAGCUUUUCCUAAUGAAGCGUGGAGGACAAGAGAUAUACGUUGGGCCGUUGGGUCACCACUCUAGCCAUCUUAUCAAGUAUUUUGAGAACAUUGAAGGAGUCAGAAAAAUUAAAGAUGGCUAUAAUCCAGCAACUUGGAUGUUGGAAGUUACGACUCCAUCGGAAGAACUUGCUUUGGGUGUAGACUUUACCAAUUUGUACAAAAACUCGGAUCUAUACAGGAGGAACAAAGCAUUGAUUAAAGAGUUGAGCAAGCCUGCUCCAGCUUCAAAGGAUCUCUAUUUCCCGACUCAGUUUUCACAGUCAUUUUCGACUCAGUGCAUGGCUUGCCUAUGGAAACAACGCUUGUCUUAUUGGCGUAACCCACCAUAUACUGCCGUGAGAUUUCUCUUCACAGUAUUCAUAGCCUUGACAUUUGGGACAAUGUUCUGGGACCUUGGCUCCAAGACGAAGAAGACAAUAGAUUUAUUUAAUGCGAUGGGUUCCAUGUAUUGUGCUGUUCUCUUCCUUGGUGUCCAAAACGCUUCAUCUGUGCAACCUGUUGUGGCUGUUGAACGAACUGUCUUCUACAGAGAAAGAGCUGCUGGAAUGUAUUCAGCCUUGCCUUAUGCAUUUGGACAGGUUGCAAUUGAGCUCCCAUAUGUUUUCAUGCAAGCUGCAGUAUAUGGCAUUAUAGUUUACGCAAUGAUUGGAUUCGAAUGGACCGUAGCCAAAUUCUUUUGGUAUAUGUUUUUCAUGUACUUCACAUUGCUCUACUUCACCUUCUAUGGCAUGAUGAGCGUGGCUUUUACACCAAACCACCAUAUUGCUGCCAUAGUAUCCUCAGCAUUCUAUGCCGUAUGGAACCUGUUUUCAGGAUUCAUCGUCCCACGAACUAGGAUCCCAAUAUGGUGGAGAUGGUAUUACUGGGCAUGCCCAGUUGCUUGGACUUUGUAUGGACUAGUUGUAUCACAAUUUGGAGAUAUACAAGAGACACUCGAGGACAAUGGUCAAACCGUGGAACAAUAUUUGAGAAGUUAUCUGGGAUUCAGGCAUGAUUUUCUGGGAGUCGUGGCAGUUGUGGUUGCUGGGUUUGCAGUGCUCUUUGGAUUCAUCUUUGCCUUCUCCAUCAAGGCAUUUAAUUUCCAAAGGCGAUAGAAAAUCGUAAUGAUUAAUAUUUGUUUACGAUGAUAUAUGUUUGAGGAUUCUUGCUAGCAUUGUGCUUUUUUAUUUUUCCAUCUCUUUCACUACCUACGUACAUGUAUUAUAAGCCACUUUAUUAUUGUUGUAACUAUUAUUUAUGCAACUCUUCUAUAUACAACCGCCGGCGCAGAACCGGCUGACGUGA